GAAACCCAGGAAGAAGAAGAACAGAAGAAAGGAAUGCAAGCAAUGGAGCUCAAGCCCAGCAUUAUCACCCUCCUCUUCCUCUUCUUCAUCUUGUCACUACCCAACUCAUCUCAAGGACUAGUAACAGUUGGACCCAAUUCUGCAAUUUUAGAAUCAGAGAUUUAUGAGAUUGAUUACAGAGGCCCCGAGACCCAUUCAAAUGUUCCUCCCCCAGAUCGAUCAGGAUUAGGUGGUCGUGGAAGACCUUUUGUUCAUUACCAUGAUCCAAGAAGAGCUAACGAUGGAAUUGAAAAACCAUAAACGGAUAGGGAAGAGAAACUACAUACAAUUCUACUACUUGAUUGCUUGGACCAGAGUUACUACCAUUACUACUACUCUAUUUCAAUGUUUCAAAUAUGGGAAAUUGGGAAGAAAUAAAUAGAUGGACACUGCAGAAACAAAUUCCAUCUAUGAUUUUAUAUGUAAUACUCUCAUCUUUAUCGUUCUUGUUUAUGUAAAUGAGGAUUAUAUGAAAUGUCAAAGUUUGA